AGUGUUGCCAGUGUAGCAUAAGCCUUGUUUGUGUCUGCAUUCUGUGGUGUCUGUGGUUCGGGGAGCAGGCGAGCGGUCGGCAAUAUCGAGCAGCGGUAGUAUAGUUGCACAACACGCCGUCGGAUUACAUCCAGAACACGCUCGCUGUCCUGCAAACUUGUACUCUUGCACGCGACAGCUCGAAGAAGGCGGGAGAACCAUGGCACAAAACGGGACGCGUUGGGACGCACGUGAGGCUCGUUCGAGAAGGCAGCGUGGCAGGGUGACAGUCGCAAAAGCGAUUGCGCGCGUCUGCGCGCCCAGCACCCGCGCUGUGUCAACGCGCAGAGGCAGGAAUCGAGAUGUUGCCGAAAGUGAACCCUCUGGAUCAGCAGCCACGACUUCAAGUGACGUCUCCACAGCUCCGGAAGAAAGCGACCCAGAGGCUUGGGAUGAUCCACCCACCACGGAUGACGACACAGGAGACUCCGCCACCAGCGCAGUGCUGGGAGCAGGGCCACGACCACGGGGACUCGACGAUGGCGGACUCCAGGCUUGUCACGUCUGUGGAAAGACCUUCGCCCUGAGGUCGUCCGUCCGACGACACCUGAGGAAUAAGCACGUCGACGAAUACCUGCGCCUGUAUUACUACGUCUGCGAAAGCAGAGACCUUGAAGCCGGCGCAGCGCCAGCAACACUACGACGCAAGUUCAAGGGCGACGGACCCCACGUGUGUCACGUGUGUGAAAAGACCUUCGCCCGCCGGUCGUGCGUCCGACGACACCUGAUGAACAAGCACAUGGGCGAAAGGCUGUACCAGUGUGCCGUCUGCGAGAGGAGCUUCGCCCAGAAGGCGUCGCUCGCUCGUCACCAAGUCACGCACGCGCGCGAGAAACUGCGCGAGUGCUCGGAGUGCGGGGGCGAAUUCGCCUCAGAGAGGACCCUUCGCGCGCACCAGUUGACGCACACCCGCGCGAAGCCGCACAAAUGCCGCCUCUGUCCGGCCGCGUUCGCCAGGUCGGACACGUUGAACUGUCACCUGCUGACGCACACCAAAGAGCGACCGCACAAGUGCGAAACGUGCGAAGCAAGCUUUUCCGACAAGGCGACGCUCAGGCGUCACCGCCGGACUCACGGGCGUCGGGCCGUCGCCUCGGAUCGCCCACGCCCGUCUGGAACUUGUUCUCCCCUUAUCACCCCGAAGGAGGAGGAGGAGGAGGACGACGAACAGAUGCACGCGAACGAGAAGUACAGUUGCCGUGCGUGCGGCAAGGACUUCUUUCAGGUGGAGACAUUCGCAAGCCACAUCGAAGAACACGCGGGCGGAAAGGUGUAUGCCUGCCGCGACUGUGCGUACACGUUCGCUCAUCGGAGCCACCUGGAGAGACACAAGCUCCGGCACUCGGGCAGGAAGCCGUACGAAUGCAACGCAUGCGGUAAUAGGUUCACUCGGCCCGGGGCCCGGUCGCGUCACCUGCGAGAAGUUUGCCGUGUUAAGGAGGAAACUGCGACGCAAGAGGAGGUAAGUAAUGAGGCCUCGACUAGCGGUCGGCAAGCGCUUGCACCGUCCGAGAGCGACGAAAAGACUGGUUCGGCACGCGAUGUUUUCCAUUGUGAGGUGGCUGUCAAGGCUUCGACGAACGGCCGCCAGAUGUCACCACCAUCCGAAUGUGAGGGAGAGACCUGGUCAGGAAUUGAUCCUUUGAACUGUGAGGUGGCUGGACAGGCUUCGCCGAGCAGACGCCAGACGCCGCCACCAUCCGAAGACGAGGAAGAGAACUGACUCGACCCUUUGCAUUGUGAGGUGGCUGGGCAGGCUUCGCUAAGUGGACGCCAGCUGCUGUCACCCUCCGAAGGCGACGAAAACACACGUUCAGGACUUGGUCCGUUACAAUAAUUUGUGAGCUGCAGCAGAAAGGCUAAAUGAGCAUGUUGACACAUCUUUACAUUUAAGCAUGGCAAAUGACUCGGGGAAGUGGAAGCAUUCUGAGCCGACGGGCGUACCCUUUAAGGAGGUGGCUGUCAAGGAGAUAGCUGUCGCUCUGUUCCUUUGUGGGUCAGUGGGCGUAUUCUUAGUGACGCGGCCCGACGUGCGACUUCGUGAGCCCGCCGAAAGACAAGUUGACUAGUUGUUGACUUACCGAUUGCGAAAUCGUACCUGUACCCACAGGUCAAAUAAGCGCACACUUUGUACAAAAAACGACACAACAGGAGCGCGUCUUGUGUCUGUCUACCGUAGUGCGCUUCUUCAGAUAGAGGAGCAGACUGGACAAGGAACUUUAAAAGGUACCUGUACCGCCUGACUAUGUUACGGAAAGUGUAUGAGAGAGAUCGGCACCGAAUACUUAUUCAAAAGAACGCUUCUUAUAUAUUCAGCACCCCCUGACACAAUACUAGCAUCUUUCAUUUUCUUUCGUUAUAUUUUCAUGUCUUUAUUACAUAAAAAUAUGAUUGAAUAGAUAUAUUUAAUGAAGCCCGGAUGGGCAAUAAAAUGUUUCAUUGGCAGAGUGGGCCUGUUUGGUUGAA